AUGCCCAACAAAGACGACUUUAUCUUCAACGAACUUGUUGGAGGAAAGGGUGGUGAUAACUUCGGCGACGCGCUUUGGAGUGAUAAGCCAGUGACCGAGGUUGAGGCCUGGUACGGUCAUGCAUGGGGUGCGGACUUCACGGUAUUGAAGGGAUUAAGAGUCCAUUGGGGCGACAGGUCCAGUCCAAUGGUUGGCCACCCAUCGGGUGAUGCGUUGCACACUAGCUACUCUUUCGCCCCAAAUGAAAGGGUCCGGUGGAUGACGCUUAAUGGAGCUGACCCAGGCUCUGAGGGUCGCUGCGACGCUAUCAGGUUUGAAGCCAAUAACCCAUUCGCUGCAGGUGGCACCGGCGGCUUUGAACGCCAUGAAAAUCCCGGAAAUCACGUUUCCAUGGCUUUGUUGGAAGGGCGGCAGGAGAUAUCGAUAGCCUGGGGGCUGUUUUCCACAGAUAAUCAGGGGAAUGUGGCAACAGACACUCGCAUCCCUUCCAUGCAAGGUACCGCAGAUGUUGGGGUCUUGGAGCCUCAGUACCCCAACAUAACUCGUACUCAUUCUUUUAAUGAACAAAUGGUUCGUGGCUGUUCUUUACGUCAGUUCUCCAGUGUAUAUGGCUUAACUAGCUCACAAUCUUUUGUUGUUUAA